UAAUGGAAAUGGAUGAUUGUUAGGGUUAAAUUGUCAGAUUCACAUUCUACGCCGAUUGUAAAUGGAAUGGAUAACCGCACUACGCAUACGCAUGUAAAUUAGUGACAGUUAGUAUAAAGUCAAGAUAGCCGGUAUAGUUUUGAUAUUAUAUUACUGUGUUGUCAUAUACAAUUAUAUAAUUAGCAACACGGACGAUUUUCAGGUACAUAUUAAAUUUCCUGGUUAUCAUGCCGACGUAUAUUUGCUCUUUUGUAAAUGAUAUGAUGGGUUAAAUAUUGUAAUAAGAAAUAUGUUUGUCGUGAAUACUAUUGAUCCACUUAAAGAUAAUAAACAGAAUUGCAAUAACGUUCUGAAGCGAGCUACAAAAGUAUUUUAUAACGUGGUCAAGAAGAAAAUAAAUACAAUUCGAAUAUAAACUAUCAAGAUGGUUGCGCCAGAUUUACCAGAAAUACCACAGUCAUUGAAAAGUAUACAGCAUUAUCUGAAAAUAGCAUCAACACAUGAUCAACGAGAUCCUGUUAUUAGUUAUUGGUGCCGACUGUAUGCUCUCCAAACAGGAUUGAAAUUAUCAACCAAAACACCAAAAGAAACGAACUUUUUACUGAAAUUAAUGGACUGGUUAGAAACAACCAAAAAAGAAUUACAUGACAAUGAAGCUAUUACUAAUGAUGUAGCUGCCCAGGCACACCUAGAAAAUUGGGCACUGAAACUUUUCCUUUAUGCUGAUAAAAAUGAUAGAAAUGCGAAUUUUGGAAAGAGUGUAAUACAGAGCUUUUUUACUGCUGGGCUUCUUUACGAUGUAUUAACAGUUUUUGGUGAGCUGAGUGAUGAAGCUACACAAAAUAGAAAAUAUGCUAAGUGGAAAGCAGCAUAUAUUCAUAACUGUUUGAAGAACAACGAAACGCCUAUACCAGGUCCCAUAGAAGAGGAUAACGAGAAUGCUGACUCCAGUAAAAAUAUAGAAGACUCUCGGAGUAAUACUUUUACAGGAACAGGAGAAGAAUUAAGAGAAGAAGAAACAUUACCAUCAGAUGAUUUAGCUGACACUAAUCGAAUCAAUGCAGAACCUAGCGACAAAGAUAAAGGAAAUAUCGCGCAAUGGUCUUCUGGAAGCCAGGAAGGAAAUAUGAUUACGAAAACAGAAGAUGGGCUCGAGUUGUCAGUGGAACAGAUAGGUAAAGCGCAAAAAUUUAUUAAAUGGGCUGGAAGUGCUUUAAAUUACGACGAUGUACCUACGGCUGUGUCGAAUCUUCGAAAGGCUCUGCACCUUUUAACGACUGGUCAGGAACCUGUGUGAUUGAAAUUAUGGAUGAAAAUAUUAAUUAAAUGAAUCAUUCUGCCGCCUUCAACAAAGUAACAGUAAGCCUCAUAGUUGGUCAAUUGAUUUUAAUUUACAAGCACGAAUGUAAAUAUUAAUGUUUAUGUAGCUUAAGUAACGCAAAAGUAGAAACAAUAACUUAUUUAUUUGAAUUGUUCACAUUAUUACAGUCAUGCCGAAUGUUACUGGUAUUUUUGAGAUAUAAAUCUGUUCUACAUGUGUAUAAAACAGCGUCAAUAUAUGAAUUCGUUAUUAUCGUAGUAAUUAUAGUUGUUUCAGAAUACAUACGUAUAUGUAUAAUGAUACGUUUAUUAUUGAAACAAGCUAAUCACUUGUUACAUAAUUAAUCAAGAAGAUUUUACUUUGUUUUUCCAUAAAAAGAAAUAAAGCAUAAAGUUUAUCAUGGAUUGAUGUGAAACGUAUGAACGGGAAGAAUUAAAAAACAUCGUGUACAAUACAAAAACUUGUUCGUUAGUGAAAGUAGGUUGUACAACAAUUUUAUAAUUGUUCAUGUCAAUGUAAUUAAAUAAUUCAAUUAAUUUUUAUAA